AUGCAAGGCUCGAUUUUUCCAGCACGGUUUUCCCUCGGGCUCCAGGCUCUCCCGCUGGUGCAGCUCCGGGUGCUCUGGGUGUGGAGCUCCGCCAGCCUCCACCCGCUCAGGAUCCGGCCCUGGAAGCUGUGGAGUUGCAGUCACACUUGGAGCAGGGCUUUCUUGGUGUCCCAGCUCUGUCCUCCCCUCCCGCCUUCGCUGAACCCCAGAUCCUCGCCCGGAGGAAGGGUGCACGCUGUGGGCAUCUCCCAUCCACCGAAAUCUAUGAUCAGCUCGGUGUGUGUCUCCUCCUACCGUGGACGCAAGUCUGGGAAUAAACCACCCUCCAAAACAUGCCUGAAGGAAGAGAUGGGCAAAGGGGAAGAGUCGGACAAGAUCACCAUCAAUGUAGGGGGCACCCGGCAUGAGACCUACAAGAGCACCCUUCGGACUUUGCCGGGCACCCGCCUGGCCUGGCUGGCUGACCCCGACGCCCAGAGCAACUUUGACUUUGACGGUAAAAGCAAUGAGUUCUUCUUUGACCGUCACCCCGGGAUCUUCUCCUACGUGCUCAACUACUACCGCACGGGGAAGCUGCACUGCCCCGCGGACAUCUGCGGGCCCCUCUUCGAGGAGGAGCUGACCUACUGGGGCAUCGACGAGACCGACGUGGAGCCCUGCUGCUGGAUGACCUACCGCCAGCACCGCGACGCCGAAGAGGCCCUGGACAUCUUUGAGAGUCCUGAGCCUGGUGGAGGGGCUGGCGGAGAGGAGCCCGAAGAGGAAGGGGGUAGGGAGAUGGCCCUUCAGCGCCUGGGCAUGGAUGACAGGCCCCCAGGGGCGGCAGGGGCUGCCGGAGGGGGUGGCUGCUGCCGGAACUGGCAGCCCAAGAUGUGGGCGCUCUUUGAGGAUCCCUACUCGUCCAAGGCCGCAAGGGUGGUUGCUUUCGCCUCGCUUUUCUUCAUCCUGGUCUCCAUCACAACCUUCUGCCUGGAGACGCACGAGGCCUUCAACAUCGACGUCAACGUGACGGAGACCCUGGUGGUUGGCAACACCACGACGGUGCUGCUGACGCACAAAGUGGAGACGGAGCCCAUCCUCACCUACAUCGAAGGGGUGUGCGUGCUGUGGUUUACCCUCGAGUUCCUGGUUCGCAUCAUCUGCUGCCCAGAUAAGCUUCUCUUCAUUAAAAACCUGCUCAACAUCAUUGACUUCGUGGCCAUCUUGCCCUUCUACCUGGAGGUGGGUCUCAGUGGCCUGUCCUCCAAAGCUGCCCGGGACGUGCUGGGCUUCCUACGGGUGGUGCGCUUCGUCCGCAUCCUCCGGAUCUUCAAGUUGACGCGGCACUUUGUGGGUCUCCGGGUGCUGGGCCACACGCUCCGAGCCAGCACCAACGAAUUCCUGCUCCUCAUCAUCUUCCUCGCCUUGGGGGUGUUGAUUUUCGCCACCAUGAUCUACUACGCCGAGCGGAUUGGAGCCAAGACGUCCGACCCCACCGGGAGCGACCACACUCACUUUAAGAACAUCCCCAUCGGGUUCUGGUGGGCCGUGGUCACGAUGACGACCCUGGGCUAUGGUGACAUGUACCCCAAGACCUGGUCGGGGAUGGUGGUGGGGGCCCUGUGCGCCCUGGCUGGGGUGCUGACCAUUGCCAUGCCCGUGCCCGUCAUCGUCAAUAACUUUGGGAUGUACUAUUCAUUGGCCAUGGCCAAGCAGAAGCUGCCAAAGAAGAAGAAAAAGCAUAUACCCCGUCCGGCCCCGCUGGACUCCCCCACCUACGGCAAAUCCGAGGAAAACUCCCCCCGGAACAGCACCCAGAGCGACACUUGCCCAUUGGCAGUAGAGGAGGGGGCGACUGAGCGGAAACGGUCAGACUCCAAGCAGAACGGUGAGGCCAACGUGGUGCUGUCGGACGAGGAGCAGCCGCUGUCCCCGACGGACGAGGAGAAGCGGCCAAUGCGGCGCUCCAGCACCCGGGACAAGAACAAGAAAUCCUCCACGUGCUUCCUGCUGGCCACGGGGGACUUCUCCUGUGCGGCGGACGGAGGCAUCCAGAAAGGCUAUGGAAAAUCCCGGAGCCUGAGCAGCAUAGAUGGUGUGGCAGGAUCCGCGGUGGGCCUGGCUCCGCUGGCGUCCCGCUGCAGCUCCCCCUGCUCCCUGCAGCGCCCCUGCUCCCCCGUCCCCUCCAUCCUCUAA